ACUAAGGGAUUCAUAAUAAGCUCAGAGGUUACUCUUAAGUCAGGCUAGUCCUGGUGAGCUGUUUGUCUUAAACCAUAGCUUCUGAGGAGUACAGGGUCCUGCUUCUCAGCUGACAGCCAUGGCUCUCAGACUCCUUUUGGGGGUUUCCUGGAUUUGUUUCUUGGUAUUUAAUGGCAGUGAUGGUUCACCAGCUAUAAAAGGCUAUGGAUACCCACAUAAAUCUGACAUGCGCAACAUGGCAGAAGAAUACACAUUGACCUCUCCAACUUCUGAUGAGAGCAACUUUCAGGAUUCAAACAACCAACUAACAGACCCUGUAUACACAAGCUACAACACACCCACUGUUGCACAACAACCAACUUGGACCCCGUAUGGACAAAACCUGCCGAACACACCGAGUAAUCGUCAAGUAGACAGACUCAUUAAUGGUAUGCCAAGAGACUGGGGGCAGGAAAACCUUGACAAACCAAUUGUAUUUCCUCUAUCCAGUAAUCUAGCAAAACCUCAGCCAGGUCCUGUCCAACCUCAAUCAACAUCUUUUAGUGUUUCUACCAACAAUAUGCCCAACCCUCUGAGCACUGGUGCUUCUACUCAGUAUGCUAGUCAUGCCUACCACGACCCGCCCUCCAACUUUCAAGCUGGAGAAUCUCCUAACUUGUCUCUGCAGCCGGAGCCAAUGGACAGUGGUUAUGGUGUGGUUGACUUUAACGCUGGCUCCAGUGCAGCUGGAGGUAGUGUUCCCCAUCUUGUAUAUGAGGAUGUUUUUCAGUAUCCUGAGACUCAAAGUUCUGACAGCAUCUCAAAUACAGCAGGAGGGUAUGGCCAAGCUGAUGUGAGCAGGGAGUCUUCAACUGGAUAUAUAUCCACAUAUAAUGAACCCUCAUUCCCACAUUACCCAGCUAAUGUAGGACCCCAGUAUCCUGUGUUUCAACCUUGGAGGUGGUUGGCCACCCCUGGAGGAAUCAGUGGUCACUCUGGUCAACCUGCCUACCAGCCACAUGUUGAGAUCUCUCAACAACCACAAAAAACAUUCGACACCAAAAAAGAUGAGGUCAACCAGAGAGUCAGUGAACCAAUCCCUCCUCCAAGCUAUAUUGUCCAGUCCAGAAACUCCUAUGCACGAGGCAGGGAGCUCUCUGGCAAAACAAAGUACAAUCCAGAAUCUUACCCGCUGCCAAGCUUAAAGGGUCCUGCACCUAGUCAACCAGCUACCCCGAAAAAUGUGAAGAACCCUGAUGGAGCCAAGUGGUAACCAACAUGGAUAUUGUAUUAAAGUCUGAGAAUGCUGUGCCCUCAGAAAAUAAAACUUUAAAUUUGAACUAUG